UGGGAUUUGAAGCCUUCUUAUAAACUUGAAGCGGAUUUCUGAGCCGCAAAGGUAGAGCAAGUAAAUAAGCACCUCCACCCGACCUUGCUUUAAGUGCACCGCUAUUUCCAAGCCUUAAGCUUUACUUCACACCUCGAUCGAGCUUGCGGUGGGAUGCCGUCACGAAGUGUUAUUGAAGUCGAUGUUUUAAUUCCGGUUCACAACGCGACGGAUACACUGCGGGCUACGAUCGAGUCCGCCAUGAAUCAAGAACCAUCACACGAUGACGACAACGUUGAAAUCCAAAUCGACCUCGAUGUUCACAUUUGCUGCUAUGAUGACGGUUCUACAGAUACGAGCUGGUCCAUACUCAAAGAUCUGGAAGAUCAGCACAUGAAAAAUUCUCGGCAAUGCUCCUCCAUAUGUUGCGACGGCAGCAAGCGCUCGCGAGUGCUGACGAAACUGUGGUUAGGUAAGGAAGCAACAUCUCGAGGAGCAGGUUACGCGAGAAACCGGGCGGCUCAACUUCGACCAAAUCCAAAUCCCGAUGGUUUUCUUUGCUGGUUGGAUUCAGACGACUUGAUGGCACCGACACGGAUAUAUCGCCAAGUGCAGUAUUUACUCUCUCUAGAGGAGGAAGCUCGCAAACGAGCACUCUUGGGAUGCACAUUUGAACGCGACCCACCCGAUUCAACAUGGCACUAUUCUGCUUGGGCCAACGGUUUGACCGAUGAUCGGCUAAGUCUGGAGCGGUUCCGAGAAUUGACCAUAAUUCAGCCUUCAUGGAUGAUGCAGCGAUCCCGAUUUGCGGAAGUGGGCGGCUAUGUUGAAGCCCCUCCCCUAAACGACAGUGAUGAUUCCGUUGAAUGUUCCGUUUCUAUCCAGAAAUUCGAACUAAUACAUCCAGUAUUUGACACCCCCACGACGCUGCGAUUAGCGGAAGAUUUGCGGUUUUUUCAUGCUCAUCUACACUCGAAUGGAACCCUCAAUCUAUUGCGUCAUGAUCCUCCCCUGGUGAUAUACAGGCAUCGUGCCGGUCUUUCUCAAAGCACGACAACACCACGGAAACUAUUGCUUCAGUUACGAACGCUAGCGUUUGAACGAAUGGUUCUUGAAUCGGGGGAAAUAUGGAAAGAGAACGGUUUCUGUAUCUGGGGUGCGGGCCGAGAUGGAAAGGAUUUUGUUAAGGCUCUGUCGGAUACGAACCGUAAAAGAAUUCGUUGCAUGGUCGACGUAGAUGACAGGAAGAUUGCUAUUGGCUCUUACGUUAAUCGAGAUAUCAGAGUCAACAUUCCUAUUAUGCACUUUUCUCUUUUGGCAAAGGACGAAAGCUUGCGUAGCAGCCUCUAUGAGCAAUGGACAACGGGACAGAACCAUAACCUUCCCGGAUUUGGUAAAAUUCGGAAGGGAAGAAAUUUGACAGGCCCGCAAGGGCUCCCUUCAGCAAAGAAACCCAAGUUGUCGAACAAGGGUAGCGUUGACCCGCAAUUCAAAUCCCUCCUACGCGAGCUGCCCGUUGUAGUUUGUGUCUCCAUGUAUCGGACAAAUGGUGCAUUGGAGCACAACGUGAAGCAAAUUGGACGCAUCGAGGGUGAAGAUCUAUGGCAUUUUAUCUAAUUGGAAGACGGCUGGCUACUUUCGAGGAAAUAGUAAACAGGCCUCAGAGGUUUCUGUUGGUAAAGACUAAUGUGUAUCGUUUAGAAGACAUGGCAGGCAUGC